CAGUUAGAGAAAAUACCUACACCUACAAAGGGUGUAACCAUAUCUUUACCUGAGAUUUAUUACAAGAAUAUGCUCCCAAAUGAAACCUUAACAGAAGUCAACAUAGGAAUAGAUAUCAAGGAUAUACCGAAUGUAAACGAUCAUGAUUUCAGUGUCACUCUCAAUGGUUUCUUUCUUGUCAGGUGGACGGAUACAAGACUCAUCUUACAUGAUGUUAAGUUCGGAAAUGAUGGCGAUGAGUUAAUCCCAGUAGAUGUGUCGAUGAUUGACAAAAUUUGGGUGCCAGACAUUGAAAUUCUCAACCUUAAGGAAUUUGAAACCUUGGCCGUCUUGAAAAAACUAGAAGGUCUAUGGUUAAACAGAAAACUUGAGUUGGUAUACGCAGUAGCGUGUAGGAUAACGUGGAUUUGUCCGAUGUCUUUCGAUAAUUUUCCCCUUGAUGUUCAGGUUUGUAAGUUUCAAGUUGGAUCCUUUAACUACGACAACACAAAUAUAGUUUUUAAAGAUGAGUUUGUCGCAGAUGCCGAGGCAAUCAGAUCAGUGUUGGACUACAGUAUUCUUAUAAAUGAAUUAAGUGAAGAAGAUAAACAUUCUGUAGUUUUAACAGGGAACUUUUCUGUGACUGGAUUUGAGCUGGUUCUUAAAAGAAAAAUGUCCCAUUAUAUCAUUACAUAUUAUUUUCCGGCAGGAAUGUUUGUUAUUGUAUCCUGGAUAAGUUUUCUUGUUCCUCCUGAGAGUGUUCCGGGAAGGAUGACGAUUCUUGUUACAGUUUUUCUUGUUCUUGUAAAUAUCUUUAACAGUAUAACCAACAAUAUCCCUAAAGCUGAAGGAUUGACAGCUAUUGAAGGAUUCAUCAUUGUCUGCAUUGUUUUUGUAUUUGGAGCUCUUAUUGAAUAUGCCGUCAUCCUUUUCCAAUCCAAGAUUAAGACUUGUACUCCACCAAACUUUAGAAAAAAGAAGAAUUUUAAAUCCGUCACAGAUGUCAAGAAUGCGUUCCAGAAGAUUGACGUAAACGGAGAUGGAAAACUAUCUAAACGAGAGAUGCUAGCUGGCGAUGAAUUCACCCAGGAGGAGAUUGAGACUAUAUUUGAGCUGGGAGAUGUCGACGGAGAUGGGGAAAUUGAGCUCGGAGAAUUUAUUGGAUUAAUGUGUCCCCCCGAAAAAGGUGGAAAUGAAGCGGCUCAGAUGAAAAUCAUUGAGCAAAAUAUGACAGCGAAGUAUAAAAGACGAGUCCAACGAUUGAAUUCAUGGUUUGAAGGAAUUGACCUCAAUGUCAAAUCUAAUGAAUCUGAUCUAGAGAAGAUCCGAACCGCCAGAUUGGAUUUAUUCUUUCUUGGCCUUUUCCCCAUUCUUUUCUUUAUCUUUAACUUCUUCUACUGGAUUGUUUUUCUUACCAGGGCUCAGUACAUCCUAUAGUAUCACCCUGCACAGUAGAGACUGUAGAUUAUUCCAGUGCACAUGU